UUAAAAAAAAAAUUAAAAAUUAUUCAAUCGAAAUUCCCCAAACGGCGGAGCUAGGGUUUCAGAUGAGGAAUCAAUUUCCCGACUAAAUUCUCCGAUCAAAGAUUCCACCUUUAUCCCUUCUCUCUUCUGCAAUUGAAUACGGUAAACCAUGAGGAAUGGUGGCCGGAAAAGAUCUCACGGCGGAGAUUCGUCUUCUUCAUCGUCUUCUAAGAUCGACUCAAGUAAAAAACCCUACUCCCACCACCACCACCACCACCACCACGACCACCGCCACCACCGUAUUUCUCCGCCGUCAAACUUCCCAGACCAAAAUUCCCGUCACCGAGUAACGGGUAAGCGCUCAAACUUCAUUUCCUACACCGAAUUGCCGUCUCUCCCCCCGAAGGUGAAAAUCCUGUGCCAAAUCAUAGCCGAAACCCCCGCCGCCGCCGUGGAGAGGGUUCUGGAAGACGCCGGCAUCCGCGUCCGCGGCGAAGAUGUGGAGGAGGUGCUCAAGCUGUCCUACGGCCACCCCGGCUCCGCCGUCAAAUUCUUCCGGUGGUCCGGUUUCCAGCUGAAUAACAAGCACACCCCGUACGCCUGGAAUCUAGUCGUCGAUUUGCUCGGCAAGAAUUCCCUUUUCGAUGCAAUGUGGGACGCCAUUAAAUCGAUGAGAAAAGAAUUUUUACUCUCUCUCUCCACCUUCCGCUUCGUGUUCGCCAAUUACGCGGCGGCCAAUCGCGUGCAGGAAGCCAUUUUGAGCUAUGAGGUGCUCGAACAAUACAAUGUACCUAAAGACGUCGCAGCACUGAACUCCCUUUUGAGUGCAAUCUGUAAUUCGGGAAAAAUGGAAACCGCAAAGGACUAUUUGGUAAUUGCAAAGGAGAGGACUCGAAUCAACGCAGAGACGUAUUCAAUCUUGCUGGAGGGCUUUGAGAAUGAAGGAGAUGUGUCUAGAGCUAGGCAAACUUUCUCGGAAAUGGUGGCAGAUAUCGGAUGGGACACGAGGAAUAUUCCCGCUUACGAUUCCUUCUUGUGCACACUUCUCAAGGGUCAAGAUGGAUUGCGCGAAAUGAUAAAAUAUUUCGACACGAUGAGAGAUAGAAAUUGUUAUCCGGGCAUGAAGUUUUUCAAGUUUGCAAUCGAAGAAUGCUCGAGAAAAAACGAUUCGAAGUCCGCGAAGUUGAUUUGGGAGGAGUUGGUCGGUAGGAAUAUUUGUCAACCGGAUGUAGUAAUCCAUAAAUCUUUAAUAUCCCUUUACUGCAACGCGAAAGAUUUCGAUUCAGCUCAGAAGUUGUUGGAUGAGAUGGUGUACAACGGGGCUUUUCCCGAUUCGGAAACUUACGGUUUACUUUUCCACUUCUUGAUCAAGCAAAAUCGAGUAAGGGAAGCUACCCCAUUGUUUAAGGAGAUGGUGAAGAACGAGUUUGUGCCUAUGCAACAAGAUUGUAGUUCCGCAGUUAAGGCUUUUUUAGCUGCUAAAGAUCCGCAUAUGGCGAUUAAGGUGUGGAGAUUCAUGGUUGAGAAUUAUAAAGCCGAUUUGGACGAGACCGCGAAUCUGUUGGUCGUGGGAUUGAGAGAUGCGAAUAGGCUGCCCGAGGCGGUUAAGUGCGCGGAGGAUAUUAUCGAACGAGGGAUAAAGUUGACUUCUGCGACACUUUCGAAGUUGAAACAGAGCUUGUGUAAAGUCGGGAAGGCUUUUGGUUACGAGGAACUUUUGCGUAAGUGGAAGAAUCAUUAAGCGGUUUCCUGUAGGGGUGGUAAACGAGCUAAGCCGGCUCUUGAACUCGAUGAGUUAGCUCGACAAAAGUUCGAACUCGAGCUCGAGCCCAAUUAUAGUUGUUCAACAGAUCUCGAGCCCAAUUAUAUAGUGAUUCACUGUUUUUUUCUCUUUUGGGAUACUCCUAGUCCAAUAUAUGUAAGUCCAAGAUGAGGGGUGUAAGUACAAUAAAUUGUAACUAAAGGGGGUUAGAUGCUAUUUACUCUAAAUACUAUUGCAAACAUAUAUAUUAUGUUAACUUGGAGUUCAUAUUGAAAGUCGUUAAAACAUCAAUAUCAUGAUAGAUGUGUGAUUUGUUAUGUCGU